UGGCGCGCGCUUCCCUGUACUAACAAUCUUAACACCAUGCAUUGAGCGCAUUGAGGAUGUAGUGAAUUUUGGUUGUUGCCGCAGAUUUUGUACGGAUCUGAAGGAAAUCUGCUGCUUUUCGAUCUACGAUUGAGGGGAUGCAACUGGAAACUGAAAGUUCCGAAGAUUUCUCGGGUCUUUUGCGGUAGCGUAUCAAAUUUGGCUUUAUCGCACUUUCCUGGCCUCGUCGAAAUCUUCGUUGUUCGUGGAUUAUUUACUGUGUUGUCGUGCUGCUCAGUUCAUCAGGGGCCUAUGAAAAAUUUUUUGAUCUUAAACUGAACAGCAGAAGAAAUCGUUUUCAUUCACUUUUCAAGGCAAGCUCGGUGCUUGGUACUCGAACAACAAGAAUAUUUUCGAACAAAACAAUCAAUUUCAAUUUUGUUGCUUCUCGGAGCUGAAAUCUCUCCGCGUAUUGAAACCAUUUCUGGCCGCGAAUUCCUCUGAAGAAGUAAAUGAUAGACUUGAGGGAAGGAUUGUUAACGAGGAAAGUGUUUUAGCAUUAUUGAGGAAUAACAAGAGAACUGAACUCGCAAUGGAAGCAAACUAUCAAGUAUUUAUGAAGAUUGCUUAAAUAUUACAUAUGAUAAACUGGUAGACCAUUUGUGAAGUUUUACGAUUCAAAGGAAGUGAACACUAGUACUCAACGUUUACAAACACAAAGAACUGAAAGCAUUGGUGGCAACAUCUCAUCGAGAAAAUAUUUUGAAGAUAAAAAUUUCUUUGAAGUCUUAGAGAUCGUUGUUGAUUCAGUUGCGAGAGCAACCUUCAUCGUUUCUCGUUUUAUCACAGUUUGUAGACGAUCGAAGACCUAUCGUGGCAAUAUUAUCGCAUUGUAUUGGACUCGAAAAAGACGGUUUCACUUCGCUGGAAGUCCUGUACACUUGCAUUGCAACUCAGCCAAAUCGUCAUGGAAUUCUUCUCGUCAAACCCGCUGAUUUGGACUACAAAUAUGGUGUUCUGUUGCUGGAUGCGCGCGCUAUCAGAAGGAAAUCACUGACAGAACCCAGCCGAUUUUAUUAGGGUAACACUAAUAUCGCCAGAAAAAUUUAACUUACAGUUGCUUGGAUAGUUACUUUUCAAAGGAUUGUUUUCUGAGCAAGGAAUCAAGAAGCUAAUAGCACAUGGGAAACAUUGAAGGCCGAAAGAGUCAUUCAUUACGAGAAAAGCAGCCGUGGUGAAAUCCUCGUGAAUUGAUUUACUUUCGGAUGAUCAAGACACAUUUCUUGUGGUUUAAUGGCUUCUAGGACGAGGCCGUCGCAAAGAAACGAUCGAAACCUAUUUUAAUGUAUAUUGAGUGCAGAAUGGCUCAAGCCGAAUUGAUAACCCAUUCUUCGAGUGCAUUUAGUUCUUUCAAUAGGCCCAAUGGAACAAUUUACUCGGGCCUUUGUACAAGUAAAAUCCAUGUUGAUUCAGCCACAAACGUACUGAGAAGUCUUACACGAAACCUCGUGAAUACGUACAAACGAUGUGGCUUGAAAGUCCCAGAAACUAACGGAAAAAAAUCGCGACAGAAUUCCAAAACCGCUGGGAACAGUAACAGCGAAGGGGAUUAUAAAGUGGUUCUUCAUGAAGAGCUCAGCUCCGCAACGUCGCGGUACGAGGUUCUCGAAUUUCUCGGUCGUGGGACAUUCGGACAAGUGGUGAAAUGUUGGAAAAAAGGAACGAACGAGCUUUACGCCAUAAAAAUAUUAAAAGAUCAUCCCUCCUAUGCGCGUCAGGGACAAAUCGAGAUCGGCAUUUUAGCGAAACUGAGCGCUGAAAACUCGGAGGCUUUUAAUUUUGUUCGUGCGAUCGAAUGCUUUCAGCACAAGAAUCACACAUGCUUGGUAUUCGAGAUGUUGCAACAAAAUCUUUACGAUUACCUCAAGCAAUCGAAGUUUAAUCCUUUGCCUUUGAGACACAUUCGACCGAUAGUUCAGCAAGUGCUCGUGGCUUUGUCAAAGUUAAAAUCCCUUGGACUUAUUCACGCCGAUCUUAAACCCGAAAAUAUUAUGUUGGUUGAUCCCGAAAAACAGCCUUUUCGAGUGAAAGUGAUUGACUUUGGCUCAGCUACCCAAGUAUCCAAAGCAGUUUGCUCAUCGUAUUUGCAAAGUAGAUACUACAGAGCACCAGAGGUCAUUCUUGGUUUGCCAUUUGGGGAAGCCAUCGAUACCUGGUCACUGGGAUGUGUAAUAGCUGAGUUGUUUCUUGGUUGGCCACUGUAUCCAGGCUCUUCAGAGUAUGAUCAGAUCCGCUACAUUUCACAGACCCAAGGUUUACCAAGUGAUCAUCUCUUAACAAAUGGCUCCAAAAGUUUAAAGUUUUUCAAGAAAGCUGUGAACACAACAACAGGAUUGUUAGAAUGGAAGAUGAAGACUGCUGGGGAACAUGAAAGGGAAACCAAAAUCAAGUCACAAGAAGCUAGGAAAUACAUUUUCAAUUGUUUGGAUGAAAUAGCACAAGUCAACCUAGCCAGCAGUCUGGUGGGGAAUGAACGUGUUGCUGAAAAGAUUGACAGGUAUGAAUUUACAGAUUUGCUGAAGAGAACUCUGAUUAUUGAUCCAGACAAGAGGAUUACUCCAGAUGAAGCUCUCAGACAUCCAUUCAUUACACUGGCUCGCUUGGUUGACUUUGCUCACUGCAAUACGUUUAACAUGGCUGUGAAGAGCAUGCAAGUUUGCAGAUUUAACAGAGGAAUUGCUGAACAAACUUCAUCGCUGCCAUCAAGUUCUUUGUUUGGUAUUCCACGAGCUUCUACAAGUUCAUAUGUCCAUCUUCCAGUGGUGCGAAGUGAAAGCAUGUUAAACCAAGAACACAUCAGUGGACUUCCACAGCCCACAGUAGAUCAGUUUGCACCACAGGCUGGUGUACCUGUGGCUCCUCUUCAAGCUGUACAGCCAAACCUUCAGACAACUGCAUCAGACUUCAUUGGGUCUCACUACAUUCCCCAGCAUGCUGUCCUCUGUCAGCCAGACAACUCGUCACCUCAGAAACAUCUGUUUCCUUCUCAAGCAGCUCCACAGCAGCCCAGACCAGUUGUUGUAUCAAUGGCCAUUCCUCAAGCAACUCUCACGUUGCCAGCCUCGUCUGGACUUUAUGCUAAAAGUGUUCCUCUUCAAACGUGGACUCAUAAGCGGUUUGGCUCCGAUCCCGCAUUACAGCUCCUACCCCAUUGGAGUGGUGCUGUAGGUUUGUCAACUGUUCAGCCAAUAAUUCCUGAGAACCUGCAAGGAAUGGACAACCCAAGUCGACCAAUGAACCCACCUCCUGUUGGUGCAUGGCGGGGCUCUGAUGACAAUGGUUAUAUAUCAGCUGAACCCAGCCCUGGCAUCUAUCACUUGGAUGGUGAUGCAUUUGAACGUCCUCGUGAGCCUCGUCAUGUAAUCAGUCACGAGUGGUCGCGACCUGCGGGUUCUGUAUUGUUUUCUGUAAUGCCCGUGAUGCAGCAACCAGUCGCGCCGCCACCGGUUUGGAGUGGACCUCACAUUCCAGCAGGCUUGUUACCAUGGCAGCUGUCAUCAAAUACGUUUCAAAAUGGCCCGAACGCCCACGUACCAAUAGGACUGUCCAGCGCACAUGUUCCACUAAGACGUACGGUGUCCUCUCCGGGAAGGCGAAGGGUCAGUGAAAGGACAUUUCUGUUCGGGGAGUUCAACCAAGUGUCGAGCCCUCUGGGAUUUGUUCGCCAGGAAAGCGAGCCCUCUGGUACAGUAGCUAAGCAGACCUCCUCUCCCAUUGAAAUCCCAGACUCUCCCUCAUCUCCGAGCGUAAUUACAGUUUCAAGUUCGAGCGAUGAAAUGGAACCGAAUUCCCUGGAUACCAACAAGACUGACAUUAACUCGCAAGAGAUAGAGGAUGAUGUCGACGAUGAUGACGUCGAAGACGAGGACCCCGAGCGGUGUGACGUCACGGAGCACGAUGAUCACUGUGACGGGUUCGGUGAUGACGAAGAAGAAGAUGACGACGAUUGCAUUGUGACGUCAUCGUUUUCCCUCGGAAGUGCAAGUCCCGGAUUGAACGAGUCCAUGGAUCACGCCCAUAGUAAUACUGCGUAUGCUAGCGGUGUUGCUAAUGAGGAAAUGGUGUCCUCUACCACCGCGUAUGAAAACAUUCGAGACAUUGAGCAUCAAAAUGAGCAUUUAAGAAACUUCAAUGAUCAUCGCAACGGAAAAGACAGUGCAAUGAUAUACUGCUCUGAUACUGAAAGUGCGGACGAGAAGGGAGAAAUUACGGAAGCUUCGGGCACUUAUGGCUUGAUAGCCAACAUUGGAAACUCCUUAGAUGGACGGUUGCAUCAUGGGGGAUUUCCAUCCUUCCUCGGUGGUGAUUCAAUGCGGGGUGCAUCAUCAUCGCAUCUCUUUGAGCCUGGGGCACCUCAUCGUAGUCCAACCAAAGUGACUCGUCCCAGCUCCCUUGGUGUCAUUCCUCAUUACGGUCAACACGUUGGACCUACUUACAUCUCGCCAACACGACCCUACCCCCCUUCACAAACUCUACUCCUCCCGGGAAGUGAACCUCGCUGCUGUGCCAACGAUUCUUUCCAGGACACGAAUUCAUUAGUAAUCCUACCACCUUCGCAUGCGCAAUUUGUGUCACAACCGCUGUACACAGGUGUUGCAAGAAUCUCUACUGCUGGCCCAGUUUCAGGUCACGUACCAUACUCUUAUGUUACUUCGGCGGGUGGUGCUGGACCAUCGUUUGUGAACGCAGGCCUCCAGCAAAGGCAAGUUCUUUCACGGGGAAGCUGUCCAGCACCAGUGCAGCCUAGCCUUGCUAUAACAGGCGUAGGCUACCAAGCACCACCCUCUUUUGUCAAUCAAAGGUACCAAACGCCAGUGGUAGGUGCUGUGAAGACUUUUAAUGUUGUGCCUAGCGGUGCUUAUAACGCUUACGGCAGAUAUGUUUUAAAUUCGAGCCCGACAAAACAACGGGUGUUUUAUCCUUGAUUUCACACAAUCGAUGUUUUUGAUCAGACCAUAAAAUUGUAAAGAUUACAGUAAAAUACACAUCGAAGAUAAAAAGAAAAAGAAUAUAAUUUUGUAACCGUAGCCAAAGAGCAGUGAAAUUUCAUUUUUCUGUUCAGGAGUAAGUAAGGAGUAGUGUGGAAUAUGGGGGACAAAGCAGUACUAUAUGAAUGCAAAAAAAUCUCAGCAGCGAGUUUGAUUUUUAACUUAUUGAUGUAUGCUAUCGAAGGUUAUAAAUAAGUGUUUUAUUUUAAAACCAAGUGUGCUUAUUAAUUUAUGAUGUUAAGAGGGGUGACGUUUUUGUCGUAGAAUAGUUAUAAAAUAACUACGGCUACUAGAUUCUGAGCUUUUCAAUGUAUAUUAGUAUUUUAAAUCAUGCGAUAUUAAGCAGGUAAGAUAUUUAUAUUAUGCGCAAGAGGGUAUGUACUUUUAAAUCGAUAUUUCCGCCAUAUGAGUGUAACUGAAAUAACACGGUUAAAAUUAUUGAAUUAAUGAUGGUAAGCAUGGUGAACAACCUAAUAUUGUGGCUGAAUAGAAAACGUGGAACCUUGAAUUAUGAUUAGAGCUCAGACAAUUUGAAAUACUUUUAUUGCUUUUUCAAGAUGAGUGAUGAUUUUGACAUAUUCAGAAUUGGGUGGUCAAUUAGCAGCACCAUAUUCCAUGCAGUGGUUUUUAAAGAGAGUCAAACCCAAACUUGGAAUAUACCUUAAAAUAUGUUAACUGAUUUGAUUGCUUACCUUUUAAUUCUCCCAAAAUGCGACCGCCCUUGGCAAAUUCUUUAUUUCAUCAAUGUUCCCAGUGGAGUAAAUUUGCCGAUACUGUGAGGUGCGAUUUGACGUUUCAGUCAUUCAAAAAUGGGCGAUCGAAGCCCAGAAGAAGUGUUGCCUCAGCGAAGUUUGAGUGUCAACUUGAUCUGAGAGAAGGAGAAAGUUUAAUUUUUCAAUUUCAAGCUUUGAUUCGUAUAGUGUUUCCAAUUGGUAUUGUUCAAAGAUACAUUCUUUGACUUUUCUAGUGUUGAGAAGUGAUGGCACAGUUUGAGAAUAACAUCUUAAUUAUGCGAAUCAAAUUAUAAAUAUAACAUAAUUUUGAGUUGUUAGAGCAGUGUUGGAGCAAGUACUUUGUUCUUCAUAAGAAUUGCAUGUAAUUUCAAGAAUAUUAUUUGUCUUGUUUUUAUUGAGGUAACUCAGUCGAUAAAUGUACUCACGUUUUCCGAUGUGUGGGGUGUAAUUAUCAAAAAGCCAUUACAAUUCGCGUUGGUUGGUAGUGUUGCUAGAGUCAGAAUAUUAUAGUAUUAAUACCAUCAAAACAAUUAGUUCACUGUUUCCCAUUGCCUUAAACAGAACAGCUUCUCGUCAGUAGAUAUUUUUUCAAAGAAAUUCCUUCAUAUUUUAAGACAGUAAUUAUUAUAAACGAUACAAAAAGCAUCGUAUAUUCGAUCCUUGUCAAAGCUCAGCGUUUUUUGCAGAAAUUUAACCUUAUACAAACAAUCUUGCCACGAGUUUUUAUGAAGUAAUGUUUCUAACUUUGGGAAGUUGACUCUAAUGGGAUGGGUAUUGAUAUUAAAAGAUUAUCUUAAUGUUAUUUAUAAGCAAUACCUUGAUUAUCUACGCAGAUUCAACCUGAAGGCUCGGUCACAAGGGACCUUUGAUUUAGUCUUUUCAAUCAGAUAUUGCCUUUUAUAAAUUUUUUCUUCCUUUAGGAAGUCUUAUCCGUGACAGAGCUCUUGAAGUGACAAUUUGUGUGUAGCAAGUGUAAAAAGUAUAUUUUAUUCAAUACUGGUGAUAAAUCACGAGGAGUCUUGGUACGACUGUUUUAUUAAUGGUGUUCUUUGUAAAUACAGAGCAUUGAUUGAUUUGGAGGCCGUUGAUGAAGGCCGAAAAUGUUCAAUAAACUUAUUUUUUAUUGGUGGGAAA